AUGCCUUAUAAGCCCACUACUCUCGAGAUCGGGAGGGAUCUCUACGCAGACAUUGGGGGUAAAACGGGGCGCAACGGGCAAAGCUAUAUGUGCGGCUUGGAGGAAGCUUUAUUUCUUGAGAAACAUCCGGAUAAGGCCAAGGGUAAAGGGAGCAGUAAGGACACGACUGAUGAAUUCCGAAGAACACACGAGGUAUUCCAAGCGAUUGGAAAAAAGGAAGAUAGGGAUGAGUAUGACAAGCUUAGAGGCACACCAUUGGUAGAUCCUCCAUUGGGAGUGGCCACGGCUGACGCGUUCUCACCAGUUGAUUCGGAUGCAGUGUCGGAGGAUAUAUCGGAUGCCACCUCAAGAGCUUCCAACUCCACCACUGGCGUCCCUGCUCUAUAUUCAAGCUUUGUGCUACUCCCCACCAUUGAAGAGAGGGGUGGUGUUCUCACUAGGAUCCCGAAUCAGUUCAAGUUCCCCGAGGAAGACGAGCAGGAGCUCAGUGCAACUCGUGGUAGGGGCCGCCCCAAAGGCUCUAAGCACAAGACCCGUUUGUUGGCAGACACUUCGCUUGGGAUCAAAUAG